CUAGAAGAAUAGAAAGAAAACUAUGUCACCAGUUGGAUUACCACCAGGUUUCAGGUUUCAUCCAACUGAUGAAGAACUUGUCAAUUAUUAUCUAAAGAGGAAAAUCAAUGGUCAAGAAAUUGAACUUGAUAUUAUUCCUGAAGUUGAUCUUUACAAAUGUGAACCUUGGGAAUUAGCAGAGAAAUCAUUUUUGCCAAGUAGAGAUCCAGAGUGGUACUUUUUCGGACCGCGGGACCGAAAAUACCCUAAUGGAUUUAGAACAAAUAGAGCAACAAGAGCAGGAUACUGGAAAUCUACUGGUAAAGACAGAAAAGUUUCAUGCCAAAACAGACCUAUUGGUAUGAAGAAGACAUUGGUUUACUAUAGAGGAAGAGCUCCUCAAGGAAUUCGAACUGAUUGGGUUAUGCAUGAGUAUCGCCUUGAUGAUAAAGAGUGUGAGGACAACACUGGAUUACAGGAUACGUAUGCAUUGUGUCGUGUGUUCAAGAAAAACGGAAUCUGUUCUGAUGUGGAAGAGCAACAAGGACAAUGUAGCAUGUUACAAAUUGAAUGUUCUCAAACCAUAAUCAAUAAUGAGUGUGAAAUGAUGUCUCCAGAAAUACUAGGAACAUCAUCUUCAUGCUUAGAAGAGGAAGACAAAGAUGAUUCUUGGAUGCAAUUCAUUACAGAAGAUGCAUGGUAUUCUUCUAAUACACCAAUGGUUGGUGGUGAAGAAAUUUCACAUGUUACAUUUACAAAUUAAUAUUUUGAAGACUUGAUCAAAAUCAAGAUUGGUGGUGAAUGAAUAACUUGAAAGCUGGAAUAUAUAAUUAUAUAAUUAAAUACAUAUACACAUUUAAUCACAAAAUUAAAUAUUAAUACACUUUUACCAUAACUGUUAAUUAGUAACAGAUUUAACUUUUUGUUUUUUUUUAAUUAUUAUACUUAUAAAUUGGUGAUAAUGGUUUGGUUUGGUUUGGUUGGUGGACUUGUUUAGGGGUCAUAUUAUAAGGCAUUGGUUUUUAUAUAUGCAUUUUUGUACUAAACCUCUAUCUCAGAGGUUUAUUGGUGUUACUUGUGGAAUAAUGAUAAAUCACACAAGUGUUAUUCUCAUUGUAUUUCUCUUGGAGAAUGGAAUUAUAUAUAACAACGGGUAUACCAAUUUGGCAA